AUGGAAAGAUAUCGUAUACUUGGAAAGAAGGGUGAAGGCACGUUUUCAGAAGUAUUAAAAUGCCAAUAUAUACGCGAUGGGACAUACUGGGCGGCAAAGAAAAUGAAACAAACGUACAAGAGUAUCGAUGAAAUUCAACAAAUACGUGAAAUACGUGUGCUGAGACAACUGAAUGGUCAUCCAAAUAUAAUCUUUCUUCGUGAAAUCAUUUUUGAUAAACGAAAUGGGACUUUGUGUUUAAUAUUUGAAUUAAUGGCAAUGAAUCUCUAUGAAUAUAUUCGCGGUCGACAACGAUUAUUGGCGAAUGAAGUUGUGUGUAAAUUUAUGUAUCAAUUGUUGAAAGCUUUGGAGUUUCUUCAUAGACAUAAUUACUUUCACAGAGAUGUUAAACCAGAAAAUAUUUUGAUUAAAGACGAUACAUUGAAGUUAGCUGACUUUGGUUCGUGUCGACAAACUCAUUCAAAACAACCAUUUACUGAAUACAUCUCUACUCGAUGGUACCGAGCACCUGAAUCUCUACUAACCAAUGGAUAUUAUCGAGAUUUGACAGACAUCUGGUCAGCUGGUUGUGUUAUGUAUGAGAUAGCUACACUUCGACCACUUUUCCCAGGCACAAAUGAACUGGAUCAGAUCAGUAAAAUCCACGAUGUAUUAGGAACACCAUCAGCAAGUACACUAGAAAAAUUUCAACAUCGGAACACAGCAGUUGAUUUUAAUUUCCCUCCACGACGCGGCACAGGUAUUGCUCGCCGUUUAACACAUUGCUCAUCCGAUGCAAUUGAUUUAAUAAAUCAACUAUGUGUUUAUGACCCAGAUUAUCGUUUCACCGCUGCUCAAGCUCUUCAACAUCCAUACUUUGAUACUGCCAAGCAUGAAGAAAACCCGCCAAUACAUGUUGUCAAUGAAACAUCAUGGGAGACUAAUACUCAAGUAUCGAGACCAAGUCAAGAUCAGUAUACACGACCUGAUUCUAACAGCAGUAAAUCAACUGCCGAUGAACCAGUUACAUCAACAAGAUCAAAUAUUUACAAUCCAACCACUAUUCACCAACAGAUCUUAGAACCUAAUUUUCAUAGACUUCUUCAACCUCCUGCCAAAGCUCAAUCGUUAGUUGAUGCUCGCAUUCAAGGUCAAGCACCUAAAAAAUCGUUCGUUCAACAUAAAUCUCAUACGAAGUCAAAACAUAUGCAUCCAAGCUAUCCCUAUCCUCAGUAUAUUCAGCCGCAAGUCUAUUAUCAUUCGCUUGCAACCGUGGGACCAAAUGGUAUACCCUAUCAAACAUCGCCGAAUGGCCAACUGAUUAAGAACAGUCAUUCAUCAUUCUUGCCAAGAAUAGCGGGCGUUUCGGCCUUUUCGAAUUACUCAAUCGAAUCAGGAUAUUCCGUGCCAACAGCUCACAAAGUAGCACCCAUUAACGCUUAUCCAACAAGGCAAGCGGCUGCAUAUUAUCCGAUAAUCGCCUAUCGCCCGUACAAAAAAUGA